GAGUGAGCUGCAGUUAUACAAAGCCGGCAGUGCAGGAGAGAAUAGAGUAUUCCAGAAGAUUCUGCCUCAGCUGAAGCAGCGUCACGUGACCACAAUACGAGGACGUUACUCAACCUGACCCAUUUCCUUUCUGAAAGCGCUCAAGGCUCUCUGCUGAAUUGAGAACGUCUGAGAAAACAAGGAAGAAAAGGAGCAGUGAAGAGGGUGUUUUUGAAGCAUUUGUUUCCUGAAGCAGGCGUCAUUUGUGUCCUCACGCUGGGGAAGGCAAAACGGACACGUCUCAACCCCUCCUGCCCUUUACAUUCUUUAACCUCUCAAGUCCUCCGGAGGAUCCGUCAACGGGCUUCAGUCAUGCACCUGAAAACAAUGAAGUGCAACCCUUUCUGCCUUAUCGCUUCCUUAGAGGAUCCGGACAUGUUUAACAGUCCUGUGGAGAUGGCUGGCUUUGAGGAUCUUUUCCGUGCCUUUGACCGAAAUGUCACUUUCCAGUUCUUCAAGAGUUUCCGUCGGGUGAGGAUUAAUUUCACCAAUGCUUUGGCCGCUGCAGAGGCAAGAGCAAAACUCCACAAAAGUGACUUCAAUGGCAGAGAGUUACGACUCUAUUUUGCACAGUCUGUCCACAUUGGCAGUCCACACCUGGAACCUCCUAAACCAGAUAAACAGUUCCUCCUCUCCCCUCCGCCAUCACCUCCUGUGGGUUGGGAGCAGGCAAAAGACGCCACGCCUGUCAUUAACUAUGACCUCCUGUGUGCCAUCGCUAGACUAGGGCCAGGUGAAAAAUACGAACUCCAACCAGGAACGCCCACCACUCCAAGCGUGGUUGUUCACGUUUGUGACAAUGAUCAAGAAAGCUCAGGAAAUGAGGAGGAUAUGGACGGAGGCGUACGUCAACGUCCGAAAAUCAUUCAGACUCGACGUCCGGAGUACACUUCCUCAGUCACACAGUGAGCCUAGGGAGACUCUCAUUGUGCCAUAAUCUUUGCUUUUACUGUCACAGGACCCUCUGGGGGGGUGGACAUCUGUGGUGGCAUGCAGUUGGUUUUUCAGACCACUUGAGGGCGCCUUAAGACAGAACCUCAGCCCUGUGAAGAGAGAGAGACAUCACGUAUAUGUCCACCAUCUCACAGGGCAAGAGGCUUCACUUGCAUGCAUUUGAUGGUAGAGCGACUCAUUUUUCAGCAGGCCGGGGAUUUUCAAGAGUGCUUUCAUUGGUAACUGUGGCCAUGGAGAACACAGAGUCUCCUAUUGUGUAGUGUUUUUGUAUUUUUGGGAAGCAUGUUGAAUCCCAGUCAGUGGGUGUGCUGAUACGAGUUUAUCUUUUAUUUUAGGUUAGCUUGAAAAUUUUCAGGCUGUUAUUCUAAUAACAUGACAUGCAAGGGUGGAACUUGAGCUAGCAUAAAUGCUGACUUUUGUUGUCAAUGUGUGGGGUUUAUUUUUUUCAGUCAUAUGGCAAUAGAAUACGUUGAUGACCGAUUCAUUUUUUGCAGCAGUGCUGGUUCUGGAAGUUUCCUUCAUAUUUCCCAUAGGGGUUUUUAUGUUGUAAGCCUUGUAACCAAACCAAACAGCUAUGAGGUGAAUCACAAUUACACUUACAAAUUUUGAUAAAAUUUUAAUUAACAAUUUGUUCUAAUAACUAGUAACGUACAGGUUAUUAAGAUUAUGUUGAUUAUUACUUAAGUACGUAUUCUUAAUAAUCUUAUUUUACAUCCCUAAUCCUACUUAAUUUCUACCUUUAUAACUAUUAAUAAGGAGCAAAUUAGGGGUUUAGGGUGAAAGUCAUAGUCAAUGGUUUAUUAAUAGUGAGAUUUGUAUACAGUAUGCGACUUGAAUUUAUAUUUAAAGCAAAGAAAUAUAAUAAUCAGAUAAAAAAGGAUAAAGACUCAUGAAGGCUUCAAUGAAGGAAAGAACUACAGUCCAAUGAAGCAUUUUGAAUUAAUGAAUUAAAGUUGUUGUUUUUGUAUAGAAAUGUUAUAUUUCUACUUUAUUGUAAAAUAAAUGCAUUUAAAUAUACUGGUAGAGUUAGCGAAACUGAAUUUUUGAAUGCUGUUUCAUGUGGGAGUGGGUGGAGCUAAAGAUCGCUUGGCAAACUUGCAACUCUGAUUGGUUGAAUUUCUGUACAGCAUCAUGUUAUUGUAGUUUUAUUCUGUAAAAAUCUGCUAUUAAGCACAAUUGGUUAUUUUUAUUGAAUAUAGAGGCUCAAUUAUUAACAUCAGAGUUCAGAAUUGGUCUGGCUUUUAAGGUUUAUCAGGCGUUAUUUUAAAAAUAUAACAAACAAAAAUGACCAUAUGGGGAAAAUGAAUGGAGUUUUUAAUUCAGGAACCCGGCUGUUGCGCUUUAUUGUGAGUCUCAAACCACCAUGUGCCUCGGCGUGUUCCUAAAUGAAGUGCUCUAACAUACCUGAUCUUUUUUAAAGCUAAUUCGUUUAAAUAUCUAAUGUUUCAUUUCUUUCUGAGAGCCCACCAUUCAAACCCAAAGUAGUGCUUUAAGAUUCUUUUGGAUGAAUUGAAAGGCAUGGUCCUCGAUUUCAUGCACUUGAGUUGUUUGUUGGACCAUAACACUGUAAUUGGGUUUUGAUGGAGGACUGUUACACUUAUUACCAAUAUGAACACCAAUUGAUUUUAUUACAUUAAGCUCAAUAGUGUGUUUCUAUGCCUUUUACUGUAUAUGUCUGUAUAUAAUGGUAUUCGCAUUAUUUUUUACUUGAUUUUGAAAAUGUCACUGACUUGGCAGAGGCUUGAGUGUGACCUGUCAUACAUGAAUAACAGCCAUAACUUCAUUAAAAAGUUUGUUUUUCUUCACAAA